UCUAGGCCUAAUCUAGAUCCUAGAUUGAGUAGAUUUGGAAAAAAUAUUUAGGGGAAAAUCCAUUCCACAUUUUUCAUUGACCUUCACAACAAACAAAAUGGCCGGAGUUCACAAGAUCACAACUGGCCUUACAGGCCUUGCUGUGUCCAAGCAUCCUCAUCAGUCGUUGGGAGUGUUGUAUUCACAAAUUUUGGGAGUUUUACAGAAAAUGCCUAGCAAUGCUGGAUACCGUAAACAUACGGAACAAAUUAUUAAUGAACGUUUAAGUUUAGUUAAAUCAGAAUCAGAUGUAUCAAAACUAGAAAGUAAAAUCAACUGUGGACAGAUUGAAGAAGUUAUCAAGCAGGCUGAAAGGGAGUUAUCCUUGGCUCGUAAAAUGCUGCUCUGGAAACCAUGGGAACCUCUUGUUGGUCAAGCUCCACCAAACCAAUGGAAAUGGCCUCUGCCGUAGAUAUUAUAACAUUAAUACUUGUUUAUAGAUACUGCUAGUGUUUUUUCAGUCAGGUUACAAAUGAUGUUUAUAGAAAAUUAGUUAUUAUAAGUUGUUAGAAAAAGAUGUUUGAGUAUUUGUGAGUUAAAGUAA